UCGAAGAAUAUUGAUUUCCGCGGUUUCCAAUAUUCUCAGAACCAUACGGUCAGGAAAGUAAACAUUGUGAUUGUAAAUAUAGAGUGAAAAAUAAUGUGUAUUCAGUUUUGGAAUUUUAUUUACGAACUUUGAGAGACAAUGCAGGCAUGACGUGAUGACACCGUAAACGUGAAAGCCAUUUUACGAUGGCAGCUAAAGAAGACAAACAGGGACUUCUUCGCGCGGAAGAAAGGGAGCCGUUGCCGGACAUCGCGGAGGAAAACCAUGACGCCGCAUCGAAGCCCGCCAGUCGAAAGACCAGCCGGACAUCAACCCCGAAAAAGAAGCACUGUCCAGACUACUUCGGAGUGAAGUCUUACCUACACGAUUUUUACGAGGCGACCUACAAGGACCCGUCGAUCUACGAGGACGAAGACGACUUCCGGUUCUUGCUUCACCCUAACCCGCGCCGGCGGAGAUGCCCACAAAUCUGGUGGAAGAUAUUUAUGUGGCUGGGUGUGAACUUGCUAGUGUUUGGAAUUAUUGGUAUUCUAGUCGGCUACCUUGUUCCGCAAAAAUCCAUAUUCCUGAAGGUUGACGAGGAGCACAGCGAGGGUUACGUGGACCGGAGCGCCAUGACGUUCAACACGACACUAGACGUGUGCAAGCUAAUCGGCCUCAUUCUGUUCUGCGUUGGCGGGAUGACGCUCGCCAUGGCGCUCCUCUUCCCCAGCUUUCUCACGUCAUAUUGUGACGAGGACCCAGGAGAGGACAACUUCAACGUGCGGGUGGAGGACGAGGAGGCACCGCUCAGCCCAGUUGACAUGUCCAUUCCCAAGUCAUCAAAGGUUAAGAGCGUCCAGCCGCUACGCAGCGUCCCAGAGGCCGUGGUGACGAAUGAGGGGGUCAUGGAAUACCAUGAUUAGCAGUGUCAGGACUGAAUAAUUAAGGCUCUUUUCUAAAACAAAUUACUAGUAUAUUUAUUUUAUGAUGUUUACAUUUGUUUAAAAUGAUAUUUUAAUCUAAAAUGAUUGUUUUUGGUGCGUUCCAGAUCGAUUGAUUUCAAUGCCAAAAUUUGUUCGAAAAGGU